AUGUCGGAUCUUAGCAAGUACCAAGAAGCAAAAUAUGUGUUCCUUACCGACUUUGAUGGGACAAUUACGCUAGAGGACUCUAAUGACUACAUGGUGGACCUCCAUGGUAUGGGAUACGACGCCCGUCGUAAGAUCGCAGACGAUGUGGUGGCGGAUCGCAUUGGUUUCCGGGAUGGCUUCCGCCAAAUGCUUCAAUCUGUCAAACGCCCCUUCCCUGAGAUGCAAGAGUUGGUUCGUCGCGAUAUUAAGCUUGAUCCAGGAUUCAAAGAGUUCCAUGCAUUUGCUAAGGAAAACAACAUCCCGAUCGUCGUGGUGUCAUCUGGCAUGACACCUAUCAUUCGUGCUAUUUUCUCGAACUUGCUUGGCCAGGAAGAGGCCGACAAGCUUGAUAUCAUUUCCAAUGACGUUGAAUUUACGGAUGCUGAGAAGAAAGGCGAUACAUGGGAAAUUGUCUACCGCCACCCAGACAAUUACUAUGGCCAUGACAAAUCGCUCAGCAUUCAACCUUUCCGCGACCUUCCGAAGCGCCCUAUUCUUCUCUUUGCUGGUGACGGCAUCUCAGAUAUGUCGGCCGCUCGCCAUGCCGAUGUGCUUUUUGUCAAGGACAAGAAGGACAACGACUUGGCCACGUACUGCCGCAACCACGACAUUGGCUUCCACCUGUUCAAGGACUGGACCGUUCCGAAGGCCAAGCUGGAGCAGCUUUUGGCUGGUGAAAUCUCUGAGGCAGACCUCAUCACAAACAAGUCCAAGUAA